AUGUUCUCCAAGUCUGUUCUCAUCGCCCUCGUGCCCUUUGCAGUGGCUGGUCCCAUUGCUCCCCGACAGAGUCUUGGUUCUGGCCUCGGUUCUGGCCUUGGCUCUGGUAUUCCCAGCUUUGGACUUCCCAGCUCUGGCGGCGACUCUGCCGGUGGACUCCCCAGCAUCCCAAGUCUAGGCUCUGGAGGCUCAACUGGAGGACUUCCCAGUAUCCCUGGCCUAGGAUCUGGUGGUUCAUCUGGAGGUAUCCCAAGCAUCCCCGGUCUAGGCUCUGGAGGCUCAACCGGCGGUCUUCCCAGCCUCGGAGGUGGUGGCUCAAGCUUCCUCCCAGGAGGCUCUACUGGUGGAGACACCACAGGAGACACUUCUGGAGAUACCUCCGGCAGUGCUUCAACCAGCGCUCCCGCUUCUCAGCCCACAGGCUCUAGCGAGACUCCCCGUGCUGAGAGCGGUUCAUCCACCUCUCCCUUCGGCAGCUUCCUUGGAUCUGCCGGUGGCAGCAGCGGUGGCUUCGGUGGUUCCACUCAGAACGGUCUCAGCGGUGACUGCAAGGACGUAACUGUCAUCUUUGCCCGCGGUACCACUGAGAUGGGCAACGUCGGCACUGCUGCCGGACCUCCUUUCUUCCAGGCUCUUGCUCAGCAGCUCGGAAGCGACAAGCUUGCUGUUCAGGGUGUUGAGUACGCCGCCAGUGUUGGUGGCAUUAUGCAAAUGGGUGACCAGGCUGGAUCCCAGAAGAUGGCGAGUCUUGUUAAGGAGGCUUACCAGAAAUGCCCCAAGACCAAGGUUGUCAUGUCUGGAUACUCACAGGGUGCUAUGCUGGUUCACAACGCAGCCAAGUCUCUCCCUGCUGAUACUACUGGCAAGAUUGCUGCCGUUGUCAACUUUGGCGAUCCUUUCCAGCGACAGGCUAUCCAGGGCGUUCCCUCUGACCGCGUUAAGAUUAUCUGCCACGCUGGCGACGGUGUCUGCGCCGGUACUGCUGCUAUCACCCCCGACCACUUGACUUAUAGCCAGGACGCCAACACUGCUGCUCAGUUUGUUGUCAGCAAGGUCAAAUAA